AUGGAGGACGGCAUGGAUGCACUCUUUAGCAGUUUUAUGAGCGAAGUCUCCAACAUCAAGACUGCCAAGAUGAAAAAGAUCGAAGGCAACCAAGGUACCCCUGAUGAGAUCAUCGAGCGUGUUCUGGCGCGACCCUAUGACCCAAAACAGGGUCAAGGAUCUGCCUAUCAGAUCCUUCAGGUUGCACCAGAUGCCACCGAGUCUGAGAUCACCAAGCAGUACAGGAGGCUCUCAGUUCUGGUUCACCCGGACAAGUGCAAGCUCGAGAAAGCUGCAGAAGCAUUUCAGGUCAUCGUCAAAGCCUACAACGAUACCAAGGAUCCGAAUUAUCAGGACAAGUAUGCAGAUGUGAUCAUCGAGGCCAAAAAGCGGGUGAGGAAAGAGCGCGAGAAGCAGAACGAGAGCCGUGAAAAGAGAGGGGAAGAUCCUUUACCCACAGAUGGUGGGGAAUUUGACCGAGCUGUAUGGGAAGAAUGCGAGAGGAUGACCUCUGCUGCCACCGAAAGCGCUGAGCUUGCCAACUCCGUGGCAGAGGCCAACAAGAAGCGCUACGAGGAGCAGGCCAGAGAACGACGGGAGCGCAAAAAAGCUGAGCAGAAAGAGUUGCGAGAAUGGGAACGCAACAAGGACAAAAGAGCUGCGGGUUGGCAGGUCUUCAUGCAAAAUGUGCAGUCCAAAAAGUUCAAAGCCGGCCACACCAUCGGGAAGGUUGGAGCAGCCGAUCAGCAUCACAAGAGAGAGGAACGCAAGGAGACAGAUGGAAAGGCCGAACUGGACAUGGAAGACAAGAAAGUCAUCCGUUCUGAUAUGCAGGCCGCUUUCAUCGACAUGUCCUACAGGAAGGAGUGGCGCUAG